AUGAAACUUUUUGAUUGCGGAUUUGGAGAUUUGUCAGGUGAUAAUAUAUAGCUACAGUAGGAAAUAAAUGUUUGGAUGUAUGUUUGAUCUUUGGUGAUAGGAAUGUUUACCGUAUUUUGGACUACGAAGACUAGAAAUUGUGGACUACAGAAACUACAAUAUGUUUCCAAGCUGGAAAAAAAACCCUUAAAAUGCACACAAAAAAUCGAAGUAGAACAUAAAUUUGAAAAAAAAAUAAAAAAACUGAAAAAAAUAUAUGUGGCCGAACUGCUCCGGUGGCCGAGAAAUGUCGGGAGUUCGGCCAAAGCAACAAACUCGCUCCAACAAUAAGCAUUUUUGCAACAUUAGAGAGCGUUUGUUGCUUUGGCCGAAUUCCCGACAUUUCUCGGCCACCAAAAUAGUUCGUCCACAUAUUUAUUUUUUUUGAAUUUAUGUUCAACUUAAUUUUUUUUUGUAAAGUAAGUGCAUUUUGAGUUUAAUUCAUCAAUAUUUGAAAAUUUUUUUUGAUUUCGUUGAUUUUUAUGAUUUUUUUCAUAAUUACUUCAUCAGUUUUGUAUCUGUUUUUAUUUUUAAAGAUAUUUUUUGAUUCUAAGGAUUUCCAGGUUCACUCAACGAAGCACCUCAAAACUGUUCAAUAGUUUCAAAACCGCAAAAAUGCAGUCAUCAACCAACCUAUCAAGUUUCACGAAUUGAACGCAUUGAACCACCACAUCACAUAUAUAUCUAUUUCAAUCAACGAAAAUCCGGUAAUUAUCAUUGAAACACAGGUCGAAAAUCGGAUAAACACACGUGUGGUUUUCUCGUUCUUGCCCGUUUUGGAACAAUAUUGAUACAUAUUCAAAAGUUCCGCCCACUCCAACAUGUUGCAUAUAAUUUGUUUCAUUAACAUUUUGAACGGGAUAAUAAUAUCUUCAUUAUUAUUAUAAUCAUGUUGAUUAUUCCAAUUCUAUUUUGUUUCAUUGUGCGCUUAUCAACAGGUUGGUUUGGGAUUUGAAUUAUGAGGAGGGCUACUUGAGCUUAAGACCUUACCUUAACUCAAGUAGCUUAACCUGAAUAGCCCUAGCAUGUUAAAAGAAUCCUUAUGUUUAUGCUAAGCCUAACUGACAGCUUCAUAACAUUGCUCAUGUUUAAAAAAAUCUGAUUGAGGCUUGACCAAAAAUAUAGGAUUCUCUUAACAUAGCUAAGAAGCUCUACUUAUAAAAUUUAAAUUUUGAAACGUAUUUUACCCUCCCAUCUUCAAAUAAGCUCCUGCACAUUCCAGCCAUCAACAUAACCGAAUAUGGUCUCACACCGGAAGAGAUAAAAAAAAGUCCGCAUUACAAAAACAACGCGUACCACGUGGAAAUGUCCACCGAAUCCGGUCAGGAACUUCUGGAGCACUGGGCCAAUCAGGGAUUCUCGGCGGUUAUUGCGGCGAUCGCAAUGAGACGAUUACCGCUAGUCGAAGAGUACCAGAAGUUGAGUCAUGAGAAGUGUGCAUCGCAGGCCGAGACGUUGCCCGAGCAUUCGAGAUGUUUGUUGGAGCUCGAGAGAGAUGCGCAUCAUACGAGAUUGGUGCAUAGGAAGAGGUUUUUCGGGAAAGGUUGGUGCUGUUUGACACACGUCAUAACUCAAUUAUGUUUUUUUCAGCUGCUCGCCAAAAAUUGUUCGGCGAAUCAAAAGCUCCAGCUGAAGAGCAAGAGAAGGAUUGGAUUGGCUCAUUCCGAUUUGCACGAUCUAAAAGAUCUAUCGAAGUUCACAACAAAAAAUCGUAUACUCUACAGAGCGAAAAUGAUAUGUGAGUUGGGGGUUCCCAAGGCUUCCCAAAGGCUUUCUAGCCUUGGGAAGCCCCUGCCAAGGUCUGUUAAGGCUUCCCAAGGCUUCCCAAGGCUUCCCAAACACCCAUUUUUCUAGCACCCCCUUCGGUAUUCUCACCAAACAUCUCACCAACUCUGUGCUCUCGCUCAAAAAGAAGACCACCAUCGGAAAAUGGCAGGAUACUGUGGAACGAAUUGCCGAAAAGGCGAAAGAGCUAAAAGAGCAGAAGAAAUUCGAGCGAAUGCUCAAAAAACGGAUGGAUGUGUACAACAAGGCGGCCAAGAACAUGAAUCACGUUGAGAACAAAAAACUGUUGGCGAAAGACGAUAGUUUGCGCGAAAUGGAAAAGUAUAUUGACAACGAGGAGAUUCGCGAACUUUUACACGACAAAUCGGAAAAAAUGACCGAUCAAGACAAGGCUAUGAUGAUUCCGAUGAAUUUGAUCAGACAAGCUGCGAAGAUCGGGAUGACUAUUGGAGGCUAUAACACAACAGAUUUCGAUCGGAAGAUUGUGAGAAUCAUCAGCCCGAAGAUCAUGAGUGUUAUCCCAAAGGAUCAAGAAGCUCAGAACAAUGAGAUUGAUCUGCUAAGCCCUUCUCUCUUUGCGCUUCAUGAAGAUGGCACCGAUGCCGAACAAAAAGUAUCGCUUAACAAUCUCCUUGGAGCUCUUACAAAUUCUAAAGAUUCACAGAAAUUCCUUGACUUCAUUGUGGAGGCCACCGGUGUCAAUGAGGCGGUAGAUCGUGUUGAGCAGAAGAUGAGUGAGUAUCGAAGAUUGCGAGAUGACGCGGUUGGUCGAGGGCCUGACGGACAGCCAUUACAUUUCACCAAGCAAAAUGUCACUAAAGAUUUUCCUGUGCAAGCAAAGCAUAUCGAAGUUUUGGAGAAGCUGGAUAAAACCUACACUGUAGAACAGCUCCGCGAAAUGAAUCGCACCGGAUAUACUAUCCUUAAUCACGAGCAAUUGGAUCUCGUGUACGGAAAACAAUCACCGCAUGCGGAUUUGCGAUUUUUGAAGCGGGUUAAGAAUAUGUCGAGAAGCGAGAUUGAUUUGGAGAUCAUGCGAACUAUUCAGGAUAUUGCGAAGGAGAAGGUGAAAUUUGAGGCGAGGAAGAAGGAUAUUGUGCUGUCGCCUGUCACGUUUUCGGUGUUUGUUAGAGAUCCGGUGGUGAGUGUUUUCAGAGAAGGGAUAGGUUCAGAAUCAUAAAAAUGACUCAGACAAUUCGAAUGAUAUCAAUUUUUAUGACUUUACCUUAUCCAUAAGUGAUUCAGCGUCUUAUCUACUAAAUUUAAGCUGAAUCACUUAAGGUUCAGGUAAAGUCCCAAAAAUUGAUAAUAUUCCCAGAAACCCGGGUACCCGGGUAUACCCAGGUAUACAUGAACUGGGACUCCGAAUUCAGAGGGAAGGGGGUUAACUUUAGGUGCAUUAUUGAAGGUAGGGCCCUUAACUUUUGACUUUAGAGGCCAAAAACCCUUUAAAAGUUGGUUAGGGGGGUUAACUUUUUGGAAAUAUUUCCUGGAAAGGGGGUUAACUCAAGGGUCCUCGAAGCGACUAGUUCAUGUAUGAUUCAUAAGGGAGCUGUUUCAACAAUCCACUGAUCAGCUUUCUGUAAAACGUAUUUUUACCUGCAAUUUCUCAAUUGUUUGAAACAGAUUCAGUUGUGAAAAUUCUGAAUUUUUUUUUGCCGAAAAAAGCCUGGCUUGUAGCUAAGCGCCCCCUCUCUCUCCCCAAAAAUGCAAUAUUUUCCAGUCCGUCUCUCAACCCACCAUCCUCUCCCCCGUCAUGCUUUCCGCUCUCAUCGAAUCCCCCGCCAUCUACGGAGUCAUGGUUAUGUCACCCUGGCUAAUGGUCCCAGUCAUCAUCUCACCCCGUCUCUUCUCUCCAGUCGUCCUUAAUCCCUUCCUAAUGGUCCCAAUCAUUAUAUCCCCGUUGGCUUUUAACCCUUUCAUAAUGUGUCCAGGCGCUAUGAACCCAUUCGUCCUGUCCCCAUUGGUCCUCUCACCGUUUAUCAUGUCACCCCAGGUUUUCACCCCAUUGAUUCUAUCGCCCUUCUGUCUUGGCCCAAUUAUUCUGAAUCCCCUGGCCGCUUCACCAUUGGUGCUUUCACCAUUCGUCCUGUCACCAACUAUUCUGUCCCCACAAUAUGUGACAGCUGUAGUCUUAUCACCCUAUGCUCUCUCACCAGCUUGGGGAUCUGACGGAGCGAUGGUAACAGUAUUCGCCUCGCCAAGUUGGUUGAGUUAG